CUGUCAUCCUGAAUUCCUGAUAUUCCUUCUUUUCCUCACAAAAUUCUCUCUCUUCUUUCUUUCUUUCUUGCUCUCCAUUCUUGGAUCAAAAAAACCACAAACAGAAGCAUUAGCUAGCUGAUCAAACAAAAUAAUGGGAAACGCCCUCAGAUUUCUGUACAAGAACUGCAUCCACCCUACGACUACAGACUCCCAGUCGUACGGCCCCCACGGUGUUUCUGCACAGAAUGCCGGAGUCUCGGCCUUAGCCAAGGAUCUCCUCCACUUUGAAGCCACAUCCCAGGUACCUGAAGGUCUUACUAAGCAUGUUGUAUCCUCUAAGAAAGCUCAGGCCAACUGGUAUAGAAAAAUUCUACAAGCAUGGAAGGAAGCCAAGCCCCCACCAAAAACCCCAGAGGAAACAUCAAGGCUCAUCAUUGCAACCUUGAAAAACCACCAGAAGGCAGAUGUGGAGGGCUUACUUGCCUUCUAUGGCUUGCCUCUUCCUCAUUCAUUAGUCGAACUGUCAACUGGAGUGCCGUCCGCGCACCCUGAUGGGGUGAAGUACGAGCUCCAUACUUUACCGGUGGAUGCAAAGGCAGUAGCAGAUGGAGAUACCAUAACUGUAUAUGUAAGUACUGCAGACCCUCGAGAGUCUUCUUCAGUUCCUAAAGAAGUGCACACUGCGGCAAUCCAACGGUCAAAGGCACGUGCCGAGAGAGAUUAUCCCAAGGCAGAUGCCCUUCAUAAGAAAAUAAUCGAUCAGAAUUACAGGGUUAUUCCUAUUCAAAAUGAUGAAGUUCUAGCCAAAAAGUAUCGGAUUCGAUUAAGGGGAAUAGAUGCACCUGAGAGUGCAAUGCCAUUCGGGAAGCAGGCGAAAGAGGAGCUGACUAAUCUUGUACAAGGAAAGAGCUUAAGGGUUCUCGUCUAUGGAGAAGACCGUUAUAGUCGCUAUGUAGGGGACAUCUACUGCAACGGCAUAUUUGCACAGGAAGUGAUGCUGAAGAAAGGAUUAGCAUGGCACUACGCAGCCUACGACCGCCGUGCAGAACUAGCAAAUUGGGAAAAGGAGGCACGGGCUAAGAGGGUAGGGCUAUGGGCUUCAAAAAAUGCAGAGGAGCCAUGGGAAUGGAGAAAAAACAAACGUGAAGGAAGAUAAAUAACACGCAGUGAAAGCUAGAAUCAAGAUACAAUUUCCUCAACUUUACUGGAAGCAGUGUGAAUGAUACAGAGAGGCACUAUUAUUGUACAACAUGUAUUGAUUUUGUUGAAUAUUAUGUAUAUUGUUUAUGUUUUAUUGUUUAUUAGUCACUCCUGUAUUUGAGCAAUAUCUUUUAGGCUGCAAUAAACAAGCAUCAAUACAAGCGGAAUGGAACUUCCGGCCA